AUGGUCAGUUUUCAAAUAAUUACCAAUUUGGUUUUAUUUGCAGGAUUUUCAGUGCCAAAGCUAAAUCAGCUCGGUGGGGUUCACUCAUUUUCGGAUGGAAAAUACAACUCUGAAGAUAAUGGAAAUUACGCCAUCCCACAGUCAGAGCACAUGAUGAACCAUCAACAAAUCAUGUUGAACUCCAUCCCGACUGAAAUGAACAUUUUCGAAACUCAAAGUGGAAGAACAAUGUUACCGUCACAUUUCGAACAAGAAUUUAACUCGGCUAUGACUUAUUUGGAGAAUUAUGUUCAGCUUCAAGAUCAAUUUCCAGGAAAUCCAAUAAAUUUAUUGCUGAAAACUAAUAACUACGAACAUACUUUAAACUAUCCAAGAACUUGUGCUCGGUAUGAAUACGAUGAAGCAUUUCAAGAGAAUCAAAAUCCUCAGAUUUUAUUGAAUCCAGUUUAUGAAUCUUCAUCUAUCAAUAUUGAAACCAACAUCCGAAAAAGAGGAAUACGAGGUCGCGACUGCUAUAAAAAUCACAGUUUGGGUUCUGAAGAGUGUUGGGAUAAUAAGUUCAAAAACGGAACUGAACCGAUUCCUCCACCCUUUGAGCACGUGAAUGAAGUUUCUACUGCUAUCAAAAUAGCCUAUUAUGUGGUGGUAGUGAUUCUAGUUCUUCAAGUGGCCUCGUCGAUCUACACUCCUCUAUUCUGCAUCGAUUCAAAAUUUUGUCAACUCGCGGAACCAUUCAAUUAUGUUGUUAUGCUGGGCUUCAUGUCGUUUGCAGUCGUGUUGUGGAUUGUUUUAUUUGUUCUCCUUGUACCAGAAGCCUAUAAAGAAAAUAUUCUGCCAGAAAAGUUCAAAAACCCAGAGUACAAUUACUCAAUCGGAAGUGGGUUUUGGAAGUUCUUCUGUGGUGGUUUGAUCCCAUUUGUCGCUGCCAUAAUCAUAUUUUUCCAUAAACAACUGUGUAAUAUGUUCAAUUGUUGUGGGAAACGUGACAAAAAGGAUUAUGAACUUAGUGAACUGGUUGCCAAUUCAAACUGA